UGAAAAUCAGUCUCGAGUCCGAGGACCCUUUUUACCCUCUCCAUCACAGCUUAAUUAGCAUUUUUGUGCAAACUGCUUGAUUUUUUCUCAGUAGAAGACGUUUUCUUCUGCAUUCUCUGCUGUUACUCGACUACCCAGCCGCUAAGUCGACCGCCGCUACUCAGCACCGACUGCGACGCUCUCGGUGCUUCUGAAAUUGUCUCAGAACGAAGUCGGCAAAAUCGCCCAAAACGAACUAUCGACUCAUACUGUUGGAAGCUCACCAACUUAUUCUCUGAAGCCUCCUAACUUUGACCAAUAAUUUCAAUAUUCUAUCCAUAACCUUCAAGUUGGCUCAACUCGCCCCUGUUACCACUUCUCCCCUCCUUCUUGAACCUGGUUGCUGGGUUUAUCUUGGAGUAAGCAAGCGACCCCCAUAAGGUUCGCCAGCAACAAAUUCUACGACGACUUCGCACUCUUCUCUCUCCUACCUUUCGCCGAUUCAAUACUUUAUUCUGGUUCUCGAGAGUCUCUUUUGUCUCUCUAGUUACGGUUUUGUACGUCUCCGACCUUUCGGCGCGCUGAGGUCGCGCCGGAGUUUCAACCGCCAAUCUUGGACCCCUCGAUACGCUCGCUUUCUAUAGCACUGCGUAGAAUGUUCUAAGAGCACAUCAUCUACCAAGAGCCUGGUAGAGCGGAUCAAAUAUACGAGAACGAAAGCAUCGGAAGAACAACAAGCUGCCAAGAUGUCCGACCACGACAACGUUAUGCCUGAUACUGGCUUCGAAGCCCCAAUCCCCGAACUUGAUGAUCACCGCCAUUCUAUCGCAGCAACUCCACGUCUUGAGCGACCCCGCCGCGGUACAUUUGACAGCCUUUAUGGCGCUCGUCAGAUUGAGAACGAACUCCCCUCGCCAAUGAUUAGGGUACGGGACUUCGAAGAGGCCAUUAUCGAUGAAGACGGCCUUGAUCUUCUUACCACUGGCCGCCGACCAACCAUCGGAUCCGUCAAUGAAGGUGGUCGAUCAUUGUCGCCUCCCAACUCAGUCAAGGCUUUCGCACAAGCUCGUCGCCGAGAGCGUGAUAUGUCUUUCUCGGACCCCAAGGCAGACCAAGAUGAAGCCCAGGCCCGUCCUUUGUCUGUGGCCAGCCGUCGUAGCGGCCGGAGCCGCUCUCGUGGAGAUAAUGAAACUGCCAGCAUUCUUACCCACGAGACUGCCGAAGAAGACGUUUGUUUCCCGGUUGACACACGUCACCACCACCGACAUGAACUACGUAUCGACUUUGACUACUUGGAGGAUUUCAUCAACACCGAACGUGCCGCUGAAGAAGCCAAGCGCAAGCAAUCCACUGUUGGACAAAGCUUCGAGGACCUCCGUCCCCAGCUGGACAGCAAUGCUACUAUGCAAGGAGUAACCAGUGAUGGUGAUAUCCUCGAUCUACCUUCCAGCGCCUCUAUUUCAGAGAAGUUGCCAGAGCCCACGGCUACUGCUGCACCACAGCCCCAACCAGCCUAUGAUAACAACCGAUUCAGUUUCUUCUCCUCAGCUUGGGAAUCUACCAUUCAUGCUGCGGAACUUGGUGAUCUCGUUUUGCCAGGUGAAGAUCUGCGCGGGCUCUUUGAACUACCUGAAGAUGAGCCUGACGGCGUGUGGUGGCUCAACGUCAACCGAACGUCUCGAGAUGAAGUCCUGGCUAUUUGCAAAGCCUUUGGCGUCCAUCCCUUGACGAUUGAAGAUAUUAUCACCCAAGAAGCCCGCGAGAAGAUUGAACUUUUCCCGUCGUACUAUUUUGCUUGUUUCCGUUCAUUCAAUGUCGUUGACGAGGAUGAUGGCAAAGAAUACGAGCCGUUUAACAUUUAUGUGCUUGUUUUCCGCCAGGGCACACUUAGCUUCAGCUUUGCACCCAACACUCAUGCCUCCCAAGUCCGCAAGAGAAUCACUGCCCUCAAGGACUACGUUUCUCUUAGCAGCGACUGGGUUUGCUAUGCCUUGAUCGAUAACAUUGUCGAUAGUUUUGCCCCUGUUAUCGGGCAAAUUGAGAUUGAAGCAGAUGCCAUCGAGGAUGAAGUAUUUACACUGAGAGAAGAUGACUCAAACACCUUCUUGCGAUCGAUCGGCCGUGUUCGCAAGAACUGCAUGGCUCUGUUGCGUCUGCUUGGUGGCAAGGCUGAUGUUCUCCGCGGCUUCACCAAACGCUGCAACGAAAACUACCAAGUCACCCCGCACAUGGACAUUGGAAUGUAUCUCGGUGAUAUCCAGGAUCACGUUGUGACCAUGGCAAACAACCUUGGCCACUUUGAGAAAAUGCUAUCCCGUGCACACAGCAACUACCUCGCAACGCUGUCUAUCAACAGCAUCUCUCAAGGCACCGAUACCAACAGAGUUCUCAGCAAAAUAACCUUCCUGGCCUCAGUUAUUGUGCCUCUCAACUUGGUUAGCGGUCUCUUUGGUAUGAACGUGCGCGUCCCUUGGUUCGGUGGUGACGAUCUUGUCCCUUUCUUUGGUAUUUUGGGUUUCAUGGUCUGCCUCUCUUCCGUCAUUCUGGGCUGGGCCCGUUACAAGCGAUACAUCUAGACAUCUCUUACCUUGUGUGGACUUUAUAUUUUAUAAAUCUCGUAGAUAUACAACGUUCAUGUGAACUUGAACUGUUUUUUGGCACAUGUUAGAUUUACGCUUUCCUUUCGCGUGACACGAGCUAUUAGCACCCUGAUUAAAUAUCGUCUAAUGGAACCUAUCGAGGUCACAAGAAUAGCACAUCGCCUAGUACAGUUAUCAAAGCACCCACAACCAAGAAAAUAACUGCUAAAAAGUUGACGGUUAAUGUUGUUUUUUUGUUGCGGACUAGGCCAUUGGGCCUAAUAGGGUCCCUUUAUAAAUGUGGCCUAUUGAUCGGGUCGGCAAAUCUUUGUUAUAUAAUUAUCUGGACUCCUAUCUAUCGUCUAUUUUUAAUAUGAG